CACUCUCACGAUGCUAAUGCCAUGAUAAAUGUACAGGGAAUCAGUUGCGCGAGAAUCGCGUUGUGGUAACAUUCUUGUCAGAAGUUGAUUGGCAAAAGUUAUAGUAUACGUAAGAGUCCGGCGAAAAGGUUUCCUUCGUCAAGCCCAGACUACACUGUAGUGUAAUACACACGAAACACUGAUCCAGCAUCGAGAAGUGGUUUCCGUGAAACUUUGAAAAUACUGCGCUUACGGAAACGAGGAAGAAGAGAAACGGAAUUCCGUUUCCUAGUUCGCAGCUUCCCACUCGAUCUUCGUCGAACCUGAUCUUCGUGCAUCCGUAGCCGAAGGUGAACCAGUUAGGAGCAAUCGUGACUCUGGUACGUCCACGAUCCACGCUGAGAAAGGGACCUAAUCGAAGCGACCGGCUUAUAAGAGAGUCGACGGGCGAAUGGUUCAUUCAGUUCAGCCAACGCGAUCAAAGUCAAACGAGUUCCCCGCCGUCUAUCUGGCAUACCUCAUCUAACACGCGAAACGUGCUCCACGCUUUGCUGGAUUUUACGUGGUGGAAGUCUACUCCAGUGCGCGUUCUGCAAACAGUGAUAGUUUCGAAUCGAGAUACCAUUCACAUGGUGGAAUGUUGCUUUCUUGAAGUGAAUCACAAGGUAGCCUAAAGGUACCCUAAGAAAUUCGUUCAUUUCAAAUCGGAGGAUUUUUCUUGCCUGAAGAAAAAUAGCAAAAGGAGGGGGAGAUUCGAAUACGGGAUUCAACAAGUGGAUUCUACAAAAUUAUACUCGAUUGGUGCAGAUAUGUCGGUAUUAAGAUGAAUCACAAGAUAACUUAAAGCUACUCCACGAGAUUCAUUCGUUAAAAAUAGGAAGAUCAUACUUCUUCGAAUAAAAAAAGAAAAAAAAAUAGCAAAAGGAACAAGAGAUUGGAAUAAGGGGAGAAUUCUACAGAAUAAUUGCACAGAAUUGUACCGUGUUCGUGCAGGGUUAUCGUUAUUAUCCAUUAUCAUAUUUCCUAGGGGUGGUGUGCAGUAAAGCGUCCGAGAAACAUGCUAUGGUAGCACGACACCGAAAUCUGGAUAAGCCCCGGAUUGAACACACGGUAAUUAAGAGAAUGCUACUUUCGCUACCAUCGUUCGAGCUUCUGGUAUCACGUUGCGACCACACUGUGGUAACAUAAACGUACGAGUCGGGAUGAAUGGCUGGAAUAAAUGUGCACACAGAGUAUUCAGUUGAAAGUAAUUGUGAAUCGUCUGACCACCGUCUUGAAGAGAUUUAAUUCAUGAGCAACCAUUGGAAGGUAAGACUGGCUGUACUCGAGCAAUAAAUCGGAAGCGUUUUGCGUCUCUUAUCGGCUCAUGUUUGCGAUAAUUAAACACUAGGGAUUAUCUGAGAAAACACAAGUACCACGAGGACUUUCAAAUUUCGUGUACUACUUUGUUUCGUGUUCAAUUGAAAAGUAAGAUAUUAGAGAAUUCGUUAAAGUUAGAAGAAAAAGUGAAGAACACAGUGAUAUUAUUUCGUCGUAUAGGACGAUAGAGAUUAAUGUGAAAAUAAUGAGAUAUUUAACGUGAUAAGCAUCAUCCCAAUUAGUGGAUUAGUAAUAUUUACGGUUAAAAGGAAUUUCAUCUUGCGAAGUGAGAAACAAUCGAUCGACUAAAUCAGAGAGGAACGUCCCCGAAGGCUGUUUGCUGGAAGUUCAACAUUCGAAAAUGAAUGGUUGGCAUUCGUGCGUGAAACAGUGAAGCCGUGCGAUUUGUUUUCAAACGAGCCAACCGUUCAAAUUAAUAACGAUCCAGUGGGACAACGCUCGGUUAGCCACGAUUUCAUUAUCCAAUCUCUUGCGUUUACUUCCGAUAGUGACGUAUCAAAAAGACGUAGAACACGCAACGCAAGCGCCUCUUCUUAAAGAAGGAAGGGGUAGAGGGAGAUUUUCAUCGAAUUUAAUACGCGAGCGUUUAAAGCGUCGUUUUCAUUCGAGUGCAACCCGCGUGUGCUCGAUUUGCCCGUGGCAGACUUUUGACAAUUGAAGCUAAAAAAGACUCGAGCCUGAGAGUCGUUAGACGCAGCCCAUCUUAGUGAGACAAAUUCUGUCCGAAGAAACUGGGUUCGUUCAAGUGUAUAGUUAAAAGAUUGAAGGAUUUGAUUGCGAUUUUAAUAUGGCUGUGAUCAUCUUACGAUAAAGGAUCCGAAGAAAACUAGAAUUCGAGUGCUUUGGAUUUAGGAAGAAGUUAAUUCGGAAAUAUUGAAGUGAAACAAACUAAAAUAUAAGUAUAUAUACCGUAUCAAUUUUUAAUGUAGAUGUAGUUUCAUGGAAUAUAUCGUGCCACUUGCGAUCAACUCUAAACACAGAAGACUAAUGAAAUAUAGAAAGGACGUAUAAAAUUCAGAUAGGGUCGUUAAACCGUAAGAGUGGAGACACUGGCGAAGAGUUUGUCAGAACUAAUUGAGUUGACAUUUGGAAUUCGAUUAGACCUAUUUCAACAUGGCGCCACCAGAAAGCGGAGAACGCGAUUCCAUGCUGGGUUAUCAUCCCGUUGAUUCUGUGGAAAUGAACAUAGUCCAGGAUGUUUGUGAAGACAUAGAAAACAACAAUACUAACACAAAGUACAAUACUGUUGAUGAGAAAAAUGGCGUGAAACAGCAUGGUUCGAAUGCAAAGGGUGUCUUUGCACAGUUUUUGGUGUCGGGUGCAGUCGUUUUGCUGGCAGCCGGCGGGGGAAUGCCAAUUGGUUACAGUGCUAUACUCCUACCACAAUUGGCUGAAAACAAUGGCACAAUGCACGCCGAUCGCGAGCUUAGAUCCUGGAUAGCUUCGGUUCACAGUCUAGCAACACCUGUGGGAUCGCUACUGUCUGGUCCACUUCUAGAUGCGAUCGGUAGACGUGGUUCGUUACAGUUAGCGGCUGUACCACUAUGUGCUGGUUGGAUCGUUAUAGGUUUAUCCAGAAGCAUAACAACCCUUUUGAUAGGAAGAGUCACGUUGGGUCUGUCUGUUGGUCUAAUGGCUGUGCCAGCUCAGGUCCUCCUGGGCGAAAUGUCUGACCCAGGACUCCGUGGACUUCUAACGGGUGGCUCGCUCACAUUUUAUAGUCUCGGUAUCCUGCUGGUAUACGGCUUGGGUGCCUCGUUUACUUGGGAAGUGGUAGCCUUUUGCGGUACAGUACUUCCUACUCUGGCGCUGAUCGCGUUACUUCUGAUACCUGAAAGUCCUGCGUGGCUAGUGACGAAAAAGAAACGCGACAAGGCCAAAAGAGCUCUGCUGUGGUUGAGAGGCGGAGACAUGGAGCAGGUUAAUACCGAAAUAGCGAGUUUAGAGGCUCGAGCAAAAGUAGAUUCAGCGCGGAAAGUCAAGAACAUGUCGUUGUUGGAUCAUAUUUCUUCAGCGAUUUCCACGAUCCUCGAUCCGAGUAUUCUGAAACCCCUAACGAUAAUCAACAUCUUCAACAUUCUUCAACUAAUCAGUGGGACGUACAUUGUCGUUUUCUACGCAGUGGAUCUCGUCAAAGAUAUUGGCGGCGACACCAUAAACAGCUACUUAGCGGCCGUGAUUACAGCACUUACCAGACUCGUAUUCAGCUGUCUAGCGAGCGCCCUGUUGUUGAAAGUGGGCAGAAGAACCUUGGGGAUGUUAUCGGCCCUUGGAAGUGCUGCGGCGUCGUUAAUUAUCGCGGGAUACAUAAUAUUCAAGGAAAAAUCCCCUGGAAUUGAUAUUUACGUCGUUGGCAUCUGUCUACUGAUAUACGUGGGAACCAAUACUUUGGGGCUAAUGAUACUUCCACCUUUGAUGAUCGCCGAAUUACUUCCACAAAGAGCUCGCGGUAUCGGGGGUGGCUUCAACUUCUUCGUUUUCAAUUUGCUCGUUUUCAUAAUUACAAAAAUUUUCCCAAUGGUGAGCGAAGCUGUGGGCGUUUCUGGAAUUUUCGCAAUUUUUGGCGUUGCUGCACUUUUGGAAACCAUAUUUAUCUACGUUGUUUUACCCGAAACGAAGAACCGUACUCUUCAAGAAAUCGAAGAUUACUUUCAGCAAGAUAAUUUACUUUGGAUAACGCGGCCAAGAGAAAGGAGAAUAAACAACCCGUUUAUUAUAAAUGACGCUUAAAGCAGUACGUCGUAUGAACGCAAGAUUGUAUGUGUGUGUACAUGUGGUGAAAUGAAUGUUAUAUAAUUUUAUAAUACUUACGCAAUAUUUGCUUGUACCAUUCCAAUUUAAAUCUCGAUUAAUUAAUUUUAUUUUAAUUAAAUUGUAUAAAAAAACAUUGUAAAAAAGUUAUAAACUGCCAAAACACAAAAAUUAUAACGAUUAUUAUCAUGA